UCCCGAUUCCCCCCUUCACGUAUCAAAUCAAAACCCUCCACGCCCACACCACACUCUUGUUCAGUCAGUUUCAGUUUAUAAUUUAGGCUUGAUUACUAUCAGAGCAGCAGCCAUGGCCUCCGCCGCAUGCUCCCUGCACCACCACCAUGCACUCAUCACCACCGCCACCAGAUCAUCAGCAUCGCAACGCCUAGCUUCAAACGCCAAGCCAAAUCAACUCCCGGUUUGCACUGCUUCUCUGAAACAUGCAGACACGAUGGUCUCCCGUAGGUUGGCUCUCUCCGUGCUGAUUGGCACCGCAGCCGCUGGCUCUAAGGUUUCUCCUGCUGGUGCCGCCUAUGGUGAAGCAAAUGUAUUUGGCAAGCCAAAAACGAACACCGAGUUCAUACCGUACGAUGGACCAGGGUUCAAGCUGUCGAUACCAUCGAAAUGGAACCCGAGCAAGGAGGUUGAGUACCCUGGUCAAGUCCUGAGAUAUGAGGACAACUUCGACUCCACCACCAAUGUUGCUGUCAUGGUCACCCCGACUGACAAGAAGUCCAUUACCGACUUCGGGUCCCCUGAACAGUUCCUCUCCAAGGUGGACUAUCUGCUUGGAAAACAAGCAUAUUCUGGCUUAACCGAUGCUGAGGGUGGGUUUGACUCAAAUGCUGUGGCGACUGCAAACAUAUUGGAGACUUCAACUCCGGUGAUAGAUGGGAAAAAGUACUACUUCUUGUCGGUGCUGACGAGAACCGCCGACGGAGACGAAGGUGGCAAGCACCAACUAGUCACGGCCACCGUGAACGGUGGUAAGCUUUACAUCUGCAAGGCACAAGCUGGGGACAAGAGGUGGUUUAAAGGAGCUAGAAAGUUUGUGGAGAGCGCUGCAAAUUCCUUCAGUGUUGCUUGAUUCAAAAAUCUUACUUUUAGACGAUCUAGAAGAGAAUAAAAAAUCUAUGUAAAUAUUCUUAGAAAUUAUCUGUAUAUUUCUUAAGUGGCACAUAAACAAGGAUGAACCCUAAUGUAUAUUCCUCCAUGUAUGAUCUCUCU